AUGUCCAACACCCUGGCCCCUCCGGAGAUCACAAGAAGGAACUCAGAGCCCAGCACUGUGCAUGGGACUCUUGGCAGCCUGGAAGGAGAGAAAGGCCAGAUCAUCUUUCCUGGCUUUGUGGUGCUCCUGGCCAUCUUCCUGAUCAUCAUGGCUUCCUGCAUCCUGUGGAACUGGAACAAACAGAAGAAGCGGCAAGUUCCUUACUUCCAUGUAGCUCCAUCGCUGACUCUGCCUCCACCCAGACAGCGAGCCAAAAAUAUUUAUGACUUCUUGCCACAGCAGCAGGCAGAGCUGGGGAGACAUCAGUCAAGUGGUUUCAGUACUGAGAGCCUCCUCUCCAGAGAUUCAGACAGCCCUGAGCAUGAGACCCCUCAAGCAGAUGGUUCCUGCCAGAUGCAUAGAGCUUAUGUUCAUGCUGCGGAGUACACAGUAGGCAUCUAUGACAAUGGCACAGUGCCCCAGAUGUGUGGGCACCUCACCCCCUCAGCCUAUUACAUUGGUGUCAGAGCGUCCAGAAAUAACUCCAGCAUUUCUUCCAAGGAGUCAAAUGAUUAUGUCAAUAUCCCUACAGCAGAGACCAGUGAGGCUCCAAGUUCCACCAAAAGCUCUCCUGAACAUCACCCUGGUCUUCCAUGUGCCCAAAAGCUGGAGUUUGCAGAAGGAGGGUCUGUAGGCUGUGGGGAUGCCAUGGACCACACUGGUUUGUGGGCUUCCAGAACUAAGUGCAGUGAUUCACUCAGUGACGGAGAAGAUUCAUCUCAGACUUCAAAUGACUAUGUCAAUAUGACAGGUUUGGAUCUUGAGGACAUUCAGGAGAACCAGCCCAGGGUGACUUUUCAGUGCUGCAGAGAUUAUGAAAAUGUCCCAUCGGCAGAUACCAAUGAAAGGCAGCUGGAAACUCAGGAAGAAGUGACAUCUUCCAAUACAGACCACAGAGAGCCUGUCUGGAGGACCCUGUCCUCAAUGUAUUAUAUGGCAUUUCAGCCAUCCACACAGAGUGAGAACACUGAGGGGGCCCAUGAAGAACAGUCAAAAGAAGACUUUGAUGACUAUGAGAAUGUGCUAGUUGCAGAGUUAGAAGGCAGGGACCGGGAACAGGGGCCUGCUACUUGCCAUCCUUCUGAGGAGGAAAAAGCAAAUGACCUAGAUGGAAAGCUGUGUGAGGUGGUCUACCCUGCUGGGUCUUUAGCCACUGAAAUAGCUAGUGAAGAUGCCUGAGUGCCCUAGUGCCCAGUUGGAUCCACUUGGCUAGGCUAAGGAGGCUAAGAAGAGCAGGGCACCA